UGUGUGUGUGUGUGCCCAAGGUGACAGUCAGUGUUGUGCGUUCCUUUUUUUCCCUCCCGCUCUUUGCGCGAUUUUGGCAUCGGAAAAAAACAAAGCAAAAAGUUGAUCCGCAUUUCACAGGCAUUUUUCCACGCUGAAAACCGUCCCGCAGCAAAUUGUGCUACCGAAAAUGCAAAUGCGUGGACUAUGUACGGUGCUGGCUUGAAAGGGGCGUCCGGAAGCGUGCGCAAUCCAAAGGUAAGAUACGGAGGAACGGCGGCGGCACCAGCAUCCACCUCCGCGCACCGUCCCCCGGCCGGAGAAGCGCACAGCGGCGAGGAGGAGCAUCAGCAUCGGGCUCGGGAGCGAAAAUCCAUCGGAGGCGCUUUGCCACCCAAUGUGGAGGGUCGUGCUCGCGGUAGGCUGACGAUCGGGUUUGGCAACUUCCUAGAAUCUCCCCGUGUGGCGCCGGCAGCACCGGGCAGUUCCGCCACCACCGUUGGCAUCCGGUGGAACGGUACGAAGGUGUACGUAGCGGUCGAUUUGCAGCUGGUUUGGUGGGGCCAGAAGGCAUCCACCCCCGUCGGAACGCUUCACUGGGCGCAGGGAAGGAAGGACUGUGCCAGCGUCCAGUACGAGGUGCGCACCAGCGGCGAGCUUUUCCGUCGCUACCUGAAAAGCUGUGAACCGAUUCGACUGCGGCUGUACUCGAGACGAACCGAAACCCUCAUCGGCACGGCAAAGGUAGAGGUGCCGGGGAAAAUCAUCAAUUUCACCGACUGCGGGCAACCCAUUGCGGCACAAGCUUCCGGAGAGAUACUGAGCGUGCGGGGCUUUCGGCUCGGCGAGCUGUGCUUGGAAUUUGCGCUCAAGCUCGACCCCAAGGAGCAAGUGCAAACAGCAAACCCUCCCAAAGCGCUCGUUCCCACUGCAUCACAGAAAGGAAAAGAAAAUCGGAAAAUGAUGUGCGUUGAGCAACCACUGAUGAAAAGCUUCCCAUUGGCGGCGGCGGCACCAUCAAACGCCUCCCUGGCCGUGGAAGGCAAGCCGGCGCCACUACACGAAACAAAGCAACGCCCACUGACCGGAACAGCGUACUAUCUGACCGCAGCGAAGAAAAAGUUCACCACGCUCGAUCACGACUCGAGGCGCAAAGUGUUGGACUACCUUACCGGCAAACCGUUCGACGAGGAUGACCACUCCCGGCCGUCCUCCGAGCGGUCAACGCUGAGCGAAAUCUGUUCCAUCUCGCCGGCGGAAAGUAUGCUGGAAGCGUUGGCCCGAUACGACGCAGCGCCGGAGCGGAACAAGCACAACCUCCUGCAGGCCGUCGAUUGCGUAUGGGUGUUGGUCGAAGGGCUGCGGCUUACCCGGGCGGGGCAGAAAGAGCUUCAGCACCGGACGAAGCACCAGUGGCAUGCCCCGACCGCCCCGACCGGGUUCAUUGUGAAGCUGAAGUUUUCACGCAAUCCCACCACAACGCUGCUCAAGUUCAUCUCCAGCCCGGUGGCGUUCGAUGAGGUAGAGGUGUCGUUCGACAGCCAGCCGAAAACGACCCGGCUUGUGCUGCCUGGGACGGGUGGCGAUGAGGGAGCAACGUUCGAGUUCGGGCUGCAUCUGAACGUGGGCAGCACGAUUGCCAAGGCGCGACUGUUCCACCUCGGAUCGGCUACGGUGACGCUGCGCGAGCUGUUGGACGGUCGGUUGGGCUGUCACAAGCGUUGCCCCGUUCGGCUGGCCGCGGAUGACAUUCUGCUCGGCACGCUGACGAUCCGCAUGCAGCUCGGUCGACGGGGGCUUCACUUUGGAUCGGAGCUGAUCGACGCUGUAACGGGCAACGAAGACAAUGUUACGCUGGAAAGUGACUCGAGCGAUUCGAGCGAAGACUCGUGGGAUGGUCCUGCAACGGAACCGCUACAUAGCCGCCGGCCACUGCAUUGCUCACACGCUCACAACAGACCACGCUCUUGCGGGCUUCAGGCCGCUAGGGGAACACACCACCUUCGCUCUCAUGGACUGUUUCCAAGCGCUAGCUGGACGUGUACCGGACACACCGGGUGUCCCUCGGAGCAGCAACGCCAAUCAUCGAACGCUUCGGAAGGUCAACAAUCACAUUCCGCCGCUGGCAAGCAACAACAGCAGGCCAACGAAGCGUCAACGAACGAACGAAAUGGCGCACCGAAUCGUCAACAAGCGGGCCCGAACGCAAUGGAAACGGAAACAAGUGCCCCCGCCGAGCGGGUGAAACUCCUCCACGGCUUGCUUCAUCUCGGUCAGCUACGAUCGGUACCGGCAAGCGAUUACUUCCUCGUGUCCCAUCCCUUCUGGACGGAGGAUACGACCACGCUCACUUCGGAACUGUGCCCCGAGGGUGGCAACUUUAACUACCUGCGCACGUUCCCCGUGCUCGCCGACGGGGCGUUUAUCGAGCGCGUCCGCAACCAGCACAUGGUGGUGGAGCUGUGGCAGAAGCUGCGAGGCGAGCCGGAAAAGCUGCUCGGCCUGACGCGCCUUCCCCUGCACCAGUUCUACAUCGCGUUCCGUGAUGCGCAGUUGAGCGAGCAUUUGUCGCACGCGAAGUUGCCGGUCAUUUCGAUCGAUGGUUGGAGCGGUAUUGGAUCACCGUUGGCGGGUGAACCGUGCGGUGACAUACAGGCUAUUCUGGCGAUCGGGACGGAGGAGCAGAUUGAACACUUUAAGGCGAUGCGCAAUCUACAGCACGUGUCAGCGGAUGUUCCACGCUCCCUGGCGCAUGCACCACGCGUCACAAUGCCAACGGCAACGACGGUAAUCUCUCCGACACGCCGCAUCUAUCCGCGGCCGGAGCACAAAUCGAUUCAGACGAUGAGCAGCGGCACCAAGCAGCCGCAAACGUCCGAGGUAGCGAACAUGCUGUCCGCGUUCAUCGAAAACCUUGCGCAACGGUUGCCCAUUUCGUCGGAGCGCAGCACGGCGCCGAGCUACGAUCACAGCAACGCGGCGGCCGAUCAGCCAAUGGACGGCACGCACGUUGGCUCACCGCACUCGAACGCGAAUCGGCCUCAGCUGCGCAAAACGGCCGACCUGCUGGACAAUCUGCAGAAGGCACUCUCACAGCGACCGUCCGCCGCCGCCCUGGAAGGGUUGGGUGGGUUGGGCGGUAUGGCUUCGCUGCUCGGCGCUGCUUCCGGUGGUGCACCGCGGGCCGAUCAAACGCCACCGGCAGCGGGUGCCGGCACGGCCAGCGGACAGCCUCACGAUGCUACGACGAUUCCGGUGACGAAGCAGGAGGAUGACCAUCCUCCGACAGCCAUGUCUUCGGAAGACCAGCCAACCGACUCAACGGAAAGCUCUUCCUCCUGCUCCGAGAGUAAAGCGUCGCCAAGCGGUGAAACCGUUGCAGCGCCACCGAUCGAUGAGUGUAAAGUGUUUCGCGUCGCGAUCGAGAUCGAGCAGGCGGUCAAUCUGCCGAAGCUGACCAUCAGCAAGAAGUACGCGAAGCGGCACAAGAACCGCAACGUGCCCGUCGACACGCUCGAGCUGGAGCCGAGCGCGUACGCCACGUUCGAGGGCUACAAUCUGAAGCCCGGCAUGCCGAACACGGUGAAAUCGCACGAGGGCAUCGUGUACACGACGCACGUGCUGGAGCGCAACUGUGCGCCCGGGUGGCAGAAACGGUUCGAGGUGCAGCUGCCGGUUGAUCUGAUGAUGAAUGAUGAGAAACGAUUCAUAUUGAAAGUUUGGCGCAAAGCGGCACUGAGCGAUGCGCCCAAAUGCCGGCUGCUGCCCGCCCCGAUGGAGGACGCCGUGAUUGGGUUCUGUGCGAUCGAUCUGAGCGUACUGCUGUCCGGCAUGCCGUACAUCCUCGGCUGGUACAACAUUAUGGACUUUUCCGGGCGCUGCAACGGACAGAUUAAGGUGAACGUACAACCGCUGGAAAACGUGCUAGUGUACAAAACGCUCGACGAGCAGAUGAACUUCCAAAUACCGCUCUCAAUCGACGUGGACUGCAGUGGGGUCGGGCUGGAUGGGGCGGCCAGCAACACGUCACUCAGCCGUGCCCUGAAGCGCAAGUUUACCGAGCUGGAAGAGAUCACCGAACGGCUGAAGGCGCGACUGUUCGACGUGACCGGCGAUGACGAGGAUGAUGAUGAUGGGGAUGCGGACGCCGAUCCGGACGAUGAGUUCGAGCGCGAUCUCAACACGGAAGCGGCAGAGGAGGAGGAAGAGGACGAUGAACUGUGGGCCGAUCAGUUCGGGGAUAUGUCGAAACAGAAGCGCAACAGCCAGUAUCCGAACGGUGCGCUAACGCUAACGACUAACACCUCGUCCUACUCGAUGUGCGCUACGGAUCGGAGUGUAAGCGAGCGUCCCGAACGUAGCCUAACCGGCUGCUCGAACCGGCAGCUGCAGCUGGAGGAGUUGCUCCAAACGCACGACAUCGACACGCUGAUCAAUCCGGCCAUCAUGAAGAAUCUCCUCAAUCCGUCCAACUCGGACGAAACGCCUCCGCUGGCGGUGGACGAUGGUGGUGCGACCGAUGCCGAUAUGAGUGACGGGAAUGCAUCCUCCCGAUCGUCACUGCUGCCGAAUGAUGAGGCGAAGCUGCAGCAGGAAGCGAAUGGAGCACCGCCACCGACGGGCGACGUGAAGGUGCGACAGAUCGCGUCCGCCCUGCAAAGGACAACCAUUUCCGACGCGAACUGUGGCAGCAUGAACAAAUGUCGGGAAGCGCCCGAAGGCGAACCGAUGAAGAAGGAUGUUAACAAUUAAGGGUGAGAUAGAACUCCCUCGAUGUAGUUUGCACUAGUGACGGGUAAAGAUGGCAAAAAUCUGGAGUCGACUCCGAUCCUAAUCCGACAAUUUCCGAACCGACUUCGCAAGCUAGAUUCGCCGAGCAUUAUACGGAGUCGUUCGGAGUCGUCUGAAGUUGUCCGGAGUCGUCCGGUGUCGUCUGGAGUCGGAGUCUUCCGGAGUUGUCCGGAGUUGUUCAGAUACGUCCAGAGUCGUCCGUAGUUGUCCGGAGUAAUCAUAAGUUAUCAGCAGUCGACUGUAGUCAUUCGGAGUCAUCCGUAGUUGUCUGGAGUAAUCCUAAAUCAUCAGAUGUCGUCCGAAGUCCUCAGGAGUCGUCUCAAAUCAUCAGCCGGAAGACAAAAAACACAAAGAAAUGAAAUUCCUAAUAACAAACACAUUACACCGGUCGACUCCGAUCGACUCUGGACGACUUCGAAUUACUCCAGACGACUCCAGACGACUCCGGAUGACUCCAGAAAACUACGGACGACUCUAGAUGACUCCAGAAAACUCCGGACGACUCCAAACGACUGCGGACAACGACGAACGACUUUGUCCCGGACGACUCCGACUCCGGGCGGAAGUAGUGGUUCCCAUUUUGCCGUAUUCGGAAUCGGACUAACAAUAGCCGGAGUCGUGAGUGCGCUCUAGAGAGCACACCAUUGAUUUGUACAACAAGCAAUUUGCAUUUUCAUUUUAAUCGUUAUUUACCGCUUUUAUAUGUCAUCUCUUCUUUAGUGGUUAGCUUUUAAUAUUUAUCUCGAAAACAAGCGCACACAAACACACACCACACUACUACACUAUAUCGUAAUAAUCGUGUACUUCUGGUUCGGACUCGGAAAUUAAGCACCUUCAGAAUGACGAGUUCAAUCUGUCGACAACGAAUUGUAUCCAGCUUUUAAUCUAUAAUAAGCUUCAAUUAAUGUGUUAGUUUA